UGUAGUGAUAUCGUAAAUCGCGAUUAUUUAGGUCAGAAGAAUGUUUUAGUGUGACACGAUACUACAGAAGACAAGGCGGAACGUUUGUUUUGUUUGUUUUUUGUCCACGGCUUGUUUCGCCCGUGCUCGGCUGCAGUGAGGGACCGGCGGUGGUGAAUCGGGUCGGUCGGUCACCAAUGUCUGCUACACCCGGUGUUUGAGUUGCGGGAUGGAAGUUUCGCGAACACACGCACUGUCACUGUAACGCUGCGCGUACUUUCUGUGCGGUUCUGUGCGCGAAACGAGACGAAGUCUGCGGGGAGAAGUGACCCCGAACGGCGACAUGGCUGAUAAUAUCAUCGUCCGGGUUCAGUCCCCAGAUGGAAUGAGGAAGAUUCCUUCAACCAAGCGGGAGACAGCUGCUGCUUUUCUCAAGAAGGUGGCCAAAGAGUUUGGCUUUAACACCAAUGGAUUCUCUGUUUACCUGAACCGCGACAAAACCGGAGAGAUUCUGUCUCAGAACAAAGCUCUGAGUCUGCUGAAGAUCAAGCACGGUGACAUGCUGUAUCUGGUCCCGUCUGGAGCGUCCACCUCCUCCUCUGGAGAGGUGAUGGACACGGCCCUGCCGCACACCUCCUCCUCCUCCUCCUCGCUACCGUCCGUGUCGUCGUCCUCCUCCCUGAUGUCCCGCUCCUCCUCCGCCCCGCAGGUCCAGGAGGAGGACGAGAUCGACCAGUAUCUGACCAAACAGGACGGCAAGAUCUACAGGAACAGAGAUCCACAGCUGUGUCGUCAUGGUGCUCUGGGUAAAUGUGUGCACUGUGUUCCAUUAGAGCCUUUUGAUGAAGAUUAUCUGAAUCACCUGGACCCACCGGUCAAGCACAUGUCAUUCCACGCAUACCUUCGCAAACUGACUGGCGGGUCUGAUAAAGGGAAGUUUGCUGCUCUCGAAAACAUCAGCUGUAAAAUCAAGUCUGGCUGUGACGUUCACCCUCCGUGGCCUGAGGGAAUCUGCACCAAGUGUCAGCCCAGCGCCAUCAUCCUCAACAGACAGAAAUACAGACACGUGGACAACAUCAUGUUCGAGAACAACACCAUUGCCAACAGCUUCCUGGACUUCUGGAGGAAGACGGGCAGUCAGAGGGUGGGGCUCCUGUACGGCAAAUACACGGAGCACACGGACAUCCCGCUGGGCAUCAGAGCCGAGGUGGCCGCCAUCUACGAACCUCCACAGACUGCCACUCAGAACAGUCUGGAGCUGCUGGAAGAUCCCAAAGCUGCAGCUGUGGAUGAAAUUGCUGCCAAACUGGGGCUUUGCAAGGUGGGCUGGAUCUUUACAGACCUGCUCUCCGAGGACACGAGGAUAGGCACCGUCCGCUACACGAGGAACAAGGACUCACACUACCUGAGCUCAGAGGAGUGCAUCAUGGCCGGAUACUUCCAGAACCAACACUCCAACCCCUGCAGACUUUCCCGAGACGGAUUCUUUGGAUCCAAGUUUGUGACAGUGGUGGCUUCAGGAAGUCCAGACAACCAGGUGCACUUUGAAGGAUACCAGGUGUCCAAUCAGUGCAUGGCGCUGGUGCGAGACGAGUGCCUGCUGCCCUGCAAAGACGCCCCCGAGCUGGGCUACGCCAAAGAGUCCAGCCCCGAGCAGUACGUCCCAGAUGUCUUCUACAAGGACAAAGACAAGUUUGGAAAUGACGUCACGUUUCUUGCGCGGCCUCUUCCUGUGGAGUAUCUCAUCAUCGAUAUCACAACCACGUUCCCAAAGGAUCCUCAGUACACGUUCCGCUCCACUCAGCCCUUCCACAUCGAGAACCGGGACAUUAUCGGAGAGACACAAGACUUCCACAGUUUAGCGACGUACCUGUCCCAGUGCACCUCGUCAUCGUUCCUGGACGUGGUGUCGGACUUCCACCUGCUCCUCUUCCUCGUCACCAACGAAGUCAUGCCUCUGAGAGACAGCAUCGGGCUGCUCCUUGAAGCCGUGAGAACUUCCAACGAGGACCUGGCUCAGACCUGGAAGAAGUCUGAGCAGUGGGCCACCAUCGAGCAGCUGUGCAGUACGGUGGGCGGGCAGCCGUCCAGCUCCGGUUACGCGGCGAUGGGCGGAGACUCGGCUCCGGCGUCUUCCUCGUCCAUGUGGUCGUGUCUUCACUGCACUUUCAUGAACCAGCCUGGCACUGAGCACUGUGAAAUGUGCAGCCUGCCCCGCACUUAAACAACAACAACAACAAAGCCCCGCCCUGUUUCCACAAACCCCGCUCCCACCUCUCCACAAACCCCACCCACAGCCCUCUGACAUCACCGCUCCUGGACCAGCCGGCUGCCGCUUCUGGAUUUGCUCUCAUUGGCCUCGUGCUUGUCAAAGCCUCUGGCCCCUCCCACUUGAGCGGUUGCUGUGGCAACAGACAGACGCAGCUGUUUACGUUUAAAUCCAUCUUCUUUUUUAAUCCCUCGUUCCAGCAGCGGCUGACGUUUCGGAAAGCACUUUGGACCGAGGCUCUUUUCCGUCACUAACCCCGCCCCCCCACCACCAUAACAAAAUCCUGAUGUGAUGUCUCAGGAAAGGGCCGGACGUUCUCUGGCGUCAGGGCCCCGCCCACUCUCACCACGUCUUCUGGAAAGUUUUGCUGUGUUUGGAAACGUUUUAUUUAAUUCAGCCUGGGUUUUUUUUUGGUUUUUUUUGUCCAAUUUUUUUUUAAAUAAAAAGACAAAAAAAAUCGGAUAGUUGCGAUAACUUAAAAAUUCUGAAUCUUUGGCGUGGAACUCGGCUUUUUCUAGAACCUUCGUACAAUCAUCGGUCAAAUCUCAGAGUUAUUCUGAGUUUAUCUUCAGUGUAAAAUAACGUAAACAAUUUAAAAACGGGCAGUUUCACAACUUUUUUUGUGGUUUGAACUUGAACAUACGCAACAUGUAGCUAAUUUAAAAUCUGUGUGGUUUUCCUCUCGUCACACGUCGUCGUCUCGUCGUUGUUUUCCCGUUUUUUGACACGCUUCACUCAACCUGAGAGCAAAAAAAAAAUACGUUAAAGCUAUAAUCUGUUAACGAAUUUCUCCACACAUCGACAUCUGCGUACCGGCGUGGAUUUAGAGGGAAGGCGACAUUUGUACGUCACCAGGAUUCGCAAAGCAUGGAAACACUGUAAUUUUGGACCAAGUUCCUCAAAGGUUUACGCUAUUUGUUUUGUUUACACAUUAAUUUUGGUGAAAUUACCCUUUAACAGAUCACAGUCCGCCGGGAUAGCAUCUGGUUAAAAUUGUUUUUUAUUCACUUCCAUUUCCUCUGUGAAAUUUUCGCGAAUUGAACUUUACCAAAUAAUUUGCCUGUCAUUGAAUGUGUCCCGCGUUCUCCAGAAUUCAUUCCCGUUUUUGUGUGAAUUCGCGCUGCCAAUGCAAAUCUGGCGUCUGUGUUUUCUACAUAAAAUUUAAGAGCUACAACAAAUAAACGACUAAUUUCACGGAUUUCCAUCCCGUUUUGAUCUAAGCCGCCGAUGUUUGUUAUCGAGUUUAUCUUUAAAAACCCCAGCACACGUCUGUUUACGUGAUUUUCUUUUUUGUUUGUUUUCUGCAAAAGAAAACAAAAAAAUGGAGUCACUGAAAAUAAGUCGACGUAAACCGGCCUCGUUGUUGUCAUGGAAACGAGCUUCUCAGGUUUCCUCUGCGUUCGUACGUAAGAACGGCUUUUUCUCGCAAAUUAAAUGAAUCUAUUUCCACGUUAAAAUAAAAACGGUACAACAAAUUAACGACUCAUUUCACAAAUUUCCAUCACGUUUUGAUUUACGCCACCGAUGUUUGUCAAGGAAACGAGCGAAGGAGCCUCUCUGUUUGUCAUGAUGAGUCGCGAUCUGCAGGUUUAACGAUAUUUAUGAGACGUUUAAAGUUGAUGAAGUGACAAGAUUUUAGUCGUAGUUUCAUUUUGAGAAAUGUUUGGAUUUCUUUUUUUUUUUCUUUGAUGUCGUUCUUCUAGCCCCUCCCCCUUCCUGUGUGUGUUAAUCACUUGAGAGCGACUCCUCUGACGUCACAGUAAUGACUGCACAGCGCUGACUGUUUCCUGUGUGGUUUUUUUCUUUUGUACUCGUUCUGCUCGUCGCGUCGCGGCUGAGUUCACGACGGACGCCGUCGUCUGCUCUUCAUCUGGAUUUCAAACAAAAUUAUAGAGAGAAAAAAAAAUCUAAAAAAUGAAUAAAAAAUAAACAAAAAAAUGUUUUUUGCA